GGCGGUCCUGGUGUCCUGUCCUGCCCUGUCCUGGAGGGCAGGAUGAGAUUUCGAUUUUUGUCCUGCCCUGACGCCCGCCAAGGCCAAAGUAGCCAGCAGAACAGGUAAGGACAGGACAAAAAAGCUUGUCCUGUGCACGUCUCUGAAUUUGAAAAUUAUAUCAAAUAGAUUAUUUCUAAAAUUACUAAUAGUAAUGUUUAUUUUGAUCAACAAUAGCUAGCGUUCGAACUCAUAAUUAGUCUUUAGUCACUAGCAAAACCGGAAGAAAUGAGUAACACUAACCGGGAUACGUCUUUAACGUAUUGUCCUGUCGCCCGCCAGGACACAAAAAGCCAACAGGACAAGCCAGGACAGGAUAAGAUUUCGAUUUUUGUCCUGUGCACGUCUCUGAUGCAGACAGAGAAGUUCUUGAAAAUUAUAUGAUUCUAUUGAGAACUGCUAAAGAAACAACAAUGCUUCAAGAUGAAAUUUGUAGAUAUAUAGAAGUUAUGAAAAUAAAAAAUAAUGUUUCUAUUGAAACGAUAAAAUAUUUAAAUGUAAUCUAUGAUGAAUUUAUUGGAAAAAUUAUGAAAUAUUUUGACGAGAUUAAUCUAAGAAUUAAGGAGCUUGUUGAAAAACAUGGACACUACGCGCUCGAACAUGUCGAACAAUUAGUUAUUCAAUUGAAAAUGAUUCAUGAAUUGCCCGAUAUAGCAGGAAAAACUAGCCGAACAUUUAUCGUAUUAUAGAGAAUAUACGUGGAUAUAUGGAGCAAUUGCAAAAAGAUUCUGAGGAAUUAUUUUUUUCUCUUUCUCAUCAAUCCGGAGUGAUCGAUUUGCGGCCACUUUCUCGAUCGCUAUUACGUUUGAAAAAGACCGAAUGGAUUGAUCGAAUCCUUCCAGGUACUUAUCAUUCGAUGAUACAGUAUAUUCGAGAAGAAUUAGAAGAACGUGCCAAUCGGUUAGAACAUUCGCUGAGUAAUUUAGAUUUUAGUUUAAAAUAUCCUCUAAAUGUUCUUUUAGCACAGGAAACUCUUGACAAAAUCGAAUCGAUGAAGGUUUAA